GAGUGUGUUAUGAGAUAAUUUGGGGGGUGUAAAUAGAGUGCCCCACACUCCCAACUCCCUUACCCUAGUCAACGCACUUCCCCUUCCCCUUCCCUCUCUACACUGGACAACAAUUAGGCAUCUACCAGGCGGCCGUCCUCCAGGGGUUGUCGUUUGAACUUUGAACUUAAGAGUUACAAUGGCUGCUGCUGCAACAUUUGGUGCUACAAACACUACCACCGCUACUGCCGCCAACAAAGAGUACGAUUAUUAUCGUUCCUUCAAUCAUGAGAAGAGCUCAUGCUCAUUGCUCACACCACCUAGACAUCAUCACAACUCUCCUCUUCGUAGUCGUUUAUUUCCUCAUCGUAAAUUAACACCUAUGACAACUUCUUCAUUGGCCAUCCCAGGCUUUUGGCCUAAUGUUGGAGUGGGUGUGAGCAGUGAAGAUGAUCUUUCUCGGACCCGAUCUUUGUCGUUCGCAUGCACAACAGCUGUUCGACAUUUGACGGGAUCUCUUACUGCAACUGAGGGCCUUCGCUUUGCUGUGGUGCUUAACACCGUCACAUUUUGGCUCUGGAGGUAUAAAAUAUGUUCUCCACAUAUCAAAUGUGUGGAUAACGAGGAACAACUUUAUAUGUGGCAAUUCUUCUACCUCAAAGGUGAAGGCAAGGGACAAGUAGUACUCAAAGAUGACAUCCGGCAGCAAAGAGCUUACUUGAAAGAAGUGCUGCAUGUACCAGAAAUUCGAAAGAACGCUGGUAUCUGGGUCAUUGCUGAGCAAGACGGGUUUCGCUUGUGUUUGAAUCUAACAAAUUUGUACCUCACUUAA